GGAAUAUUUCUUUCUGGCGACUAGAGCUACUUUUUAACGGAGACCGGCUUGAUCUGUUUUGUUGUUAAGGGAUAGAGGAGACAAGGAGGAGAAAAAAGCCUUUGCCCUUCAUUAGGUGACUGACCUAUAUCAGGUGUCUGAAGGAGGUGGGUUCUUAGGACGUGCAUGAUGAUGGCUUCUAAAGUGACUACGCCCAAAUAUGAAGUGCAGCCAUAUUCAGAAGACUCUACCAAUUCCAUCACUGGUGCCUUCACUAGCCAAAAGAAAUUCUCUGACUUGCUUCAGUGCUGUUGGUCACUUGUCUGAUGAACUAUCAUACCCAUCACUACCUACCAUGUGUUCCCCAGAGCUUGUUCAUCUUUUAAUUGAAAGCUUACACCCUUUGAUCAACCGCUUCCCAUCUGAGAAAGAAAUAUGGAAGCUUUGCACACAGCACAGGAAAGCAUUAUCCAGAAGAAAAUCUGGAAAAGGCAAAUAAAGAAUUUCCUUGCUAAGCAUUCAGAGAGAGCAAGAUCCUAUCCAUCCACUGAUUUUGGAUAUCCAGAUUCCAGACCUAGACUGUGUAUUUGGAGAUUUCUGAGUAUGCAUAUAUUAAAGGGCACAGUUUGGAGCACCUCUGAAGUGGCUGGUUCUUGGGAAGAGAAAGAGGGAGAGGAGAUGACCAGUUUGAGAAGGCACCCUGCAUCAUACAGGCAGCAUGUAUACCUUCCAACGUAGGCAUUGUGGUCUGACUUAAGGAACCUACCUCAUAUCCCAUCACCAGGAAGUAAUAGGCAAGUCAAAGAUACCAAACAUCUAAAUGGUUCAUGGGAUCUUGCAUGUGUCAUGUAUAUGAGGUAUUACUGUCGACUUACUUGCACCGUCUAUAAGGUAGCAAUGAUUAAGAAUUCAUAGCUGAAGAUGGUGACUGAGCUGGAGUUCGAGUCCAGGCUGUGUGUGAAGCCUGACGUCAACGUCUACCGGAUUCUGCCGCCGGCCUCCAACCGCGGCUACAGGGCAUCUGAUUGGAAAUUAGACCAGCCUGACUGGACUGGUCGCCUCCGAAUCACUUCAAAAGGGAAGACAGCCUACAUUAAACUCGAAGAUAAAGUUUCAGGGGAGCUUUUUGCUCAGGCACCAGUAGACCAGUACCCUGGUAUUGCUGUGGAGACAGUGGCAGAUUCUAGCCGCUACUUUAUAAUCUGCAUCCAGGAUGGUACUGGGCGCAGUGCAUUUAUUGGCAUCGGCUUCACAGAUCGGGGAGAUGCUUUCAACUUUAAUGGUUCCUUACAGGAUCACUUCAAGUGGGUCAAAGAGGAAUCUGAGAUUUCCAAAGAAUCUCAGGACAUGGAUAAUUGUCCUAAGUUGGAUCUAGGCUUCAAGGAAGGAAAGACCAUCAAAUUGAGUAUUGGGAACAUUACAACCAAGAAAGGAGGUGCUUCUAAACCCAGGACUUCAGGGGCUGGGGGCCUAAGCUUACUCCUACCACUACCUGGAGGCAAAGUUACUAUUCUCCAACCAUCUUCCUCAGCUCCCAUCAGCAAUCAUGUCACUCCACCACCCAUUCCAAAAUCUAACCAUGGAGGUAAUGAUGCAGAUAUCCUGUUAGAUUUGGAUUCUCCUGCCCCUGUCACGGCUCCAGUACCAGCUCCAGUUUCCUCAAGCAGUGACUUGUGGGGAGAAUUCAGCACUGCUUCCAGCUCUGUUCCAAAUCAGGCACCAAAGCCAUCCAACUGGGUCCAGUUUUGAAUUUCGUUGGCAGGACAUUAAGGACAGACUUGAAUAAAAAUGACCCUGGGGGCACCAUGCUAUGAGGGAAGUUAGGAACCCUUCAUUCCCCAGAACUAACAGUAAUGGACAAUCUUUUUCUUAGCUUUUCCACUGCAUUCAAGCUGAUUUUUGUCACCUUUGUUGUUACUUACUGUACAUCCAAAAGAGUAUCUGUUAUUCCUGCUCAUAAACAAGGCAGGGUCUUACCACACUGUGGCUGACCAUGCAGAGUUCAAAAAGGCCAGUGACCUCUGGUAUCUAAAAAAUUUCUGUACCCUUUUCAUUUCUUGAACUUGUAAUCAUCUCAUGAAUUGUGUGCCUCUUGGUGAAUCCAUAUUUGGCAAUUUCGGGGGACACAAAAGCCUUGAAACUUCUCCAGUAAUCUAAAACUUCAAAAAUAUAGUGACCUCAGAAUGAGAGUUUUGAGGGUAGGUUUGGAGAAGGGCCUGUCCUGGGUUUCUUGUAAGACCUCCAUCAGGCUCUAGUCCUCUUAGCUUACAACCAGUGCUGAAUGUGGCUCUAUUGCCCUCUUGUGUGUUCACAUGUCUUUUCCUAUGAUAAGAUAAGAGGGUCGUCUGUGGCACCUCCAUUAUUCUGUUUGUUGAAUAGUUCAUCAUCUUAGACACAAUGGGCGUUUCUGGGAGGAAGGAGGCUCAAGGGGCUGUGCUUUCUAAGUUACAGUCUAUAGAAGUAUUUAAUAUCUUGCAACUCCAUGUAGUUGCUAUAUUUGAAGAACAGCAUUGAUUUAUAUUAUCCUUUAUCUGACCUAAAGUUGAAGAGUUCCAUGUUUUUACCCUGGUCUGUGAAACACAGAGGUUGAAAGCACUUAACUCAUUCAGUGCCCAUACUGCCUUGCUGUCUGGCUAUCUAAUCCCUUUCUGCAAACAUUGUAUUUUCAGUCCAUCUAGCUCUUCAUUGAAAGCUGCUCUUGUCUAUUUGUCAUGUAUGAAGGAAGCUGGAGAGCCACAGCUUUAUUGUGACAGGUUUUAUCCCCAGGCCUUUAUCCAUCAGCUAGGAUAUCUUAAGUCUUAACUAUAAAAUUGUUGUCUCACUCCUUUCCCUCUGCCCCACCCCACUUCUUUUAAAAUGCUGUGAAGAGUCCCCCUCCUCAUAUGAAUGGGUAGUAUCUGUUUUGUUUGUUAAUGGGCAAAUUUGAGGAUGAAAUAGGAAGAUACACAUCCUUCCUUACCUCUUUGUAUAUGUACAUUCUGGCUGAAGAGGGCCUAUAUUUAGUUUCAAAUAAAUUAUUUCUCCUGUA